CUUCCGGGUCAAAACCAUGGCGGUGGCAAAUUCAAGUCCAGUCAAUCCAGUGGUCUUCUUUGAUGUCAGCAUUGGCGGCCAGGAAGUUGGUCGCAUGAAGAUCGAGCUCUUUGCCGACGUGGUGCCUAAGACGGCAGAGAACUUUAGGCAGUUCUGCACUGGAGAGUUCAGAAAAGAUGGCGUUCCGAUAGGAUACAAAGGUAGCACCUUCCACAGGGUCAUAAAGGAUUUUAUGAUUCAGGGUGGAGAUUUUGUUAAUGGCGAUGGUACUGGAGUCGCCAGUAUUUACCGGGGUCCAUUUGCAGAUGAAAAUUUUAAACUUAGACACUCAGCUCCAGGCCUGCUUUCUAUGGCAAACAGUGGUCCCAGUACAAAUGGCUGCCAGUUCUUUAUCACGUGUUCUAAGUGUGAUUGGCUGGAUGGAAAGCAUGUAGUGUUUGGAAAAAUCAUUGAUGGACUUCUAGUGAUGAGGAAGAUCGAGAAUGUUCCCACAGGCCCCAACAAUAAGCCCAAACUGCCAGUGGUGAUCUCACAGUGUGGGGAAAUGUAAUCUAGACAAGAUGGAACCAGUGUCACCCUGAAAAGGACCUGAUUUCCCUACACUGGGACCAACCUCGGGAGCCAGGAGACAUGUGCUAUGCUGUCCUCAGAACCGACAGUGGUGUCCAGCCUUGGGACCUCGCAUGCUGCUUUCACAUGGGCCCUUUGUCCUAAUAUUUGCCACUGGCUGCUUUGCACUGGGGCUUUCUGGAAAGAACUGAGAGGCACUCCUGGAAGAGAAGGCACCGUCUUGGAGGUGAAGGCUAGUAAUGCAAGUGACUUGUGUGCUAGAGCACACUGGGAGAAUGAUCCACCCACCUCUGGGAGGAGCCGUGGCAUUUUGUUUGCCUUUUAAUUUUUUUUUUUUUUUAAAACGUACAGAAAUGUUGGGGAAAUGUUGAUUAAUCACCCACAAGCUUGCAGCUAGGGUGACCAGUGAUUGACAUUUGUUGUGGACACGCUGUCUCCUCCUUCCAUUCCCAUGCCACAUCCUCUCCUCCACUGUCUUCUUUCUCGUCCUUAACUUCCUACCCUCAGUGCUUUCGGUUCCCAUUCCCAAACUUCAGACCUCUGGACACCUCGUCCCUGCGCACCUCAGGAGGGGUCCUAAAAGUGAGUGUCCUAAAUAAACAAAGUGGUAUUUGUA